AUGGAUGUGUCGAGACACUCCUCAUCACUACAUACCAGCCUAGACAACGUUCAACAGGGUGUAAAGUCGCAUUUUGUCCUCUCCCACCACGACAUGCUUCGCGGGCGCGCGCUUUUUCACAAGGUCAUUCGCACAAUUCUCCUCGCCCGCCGUCGAGAAUUCGAGGGUCUUGGGCUAACAGGCUCUCUUACUUUGACCCGUAAGACACUCCGGCUAGACCUGCUGGUGGGUUCGGCAAGCAACGCGAAUCAUGUGCUCUCGCCGUCUAGUCCACCACCGGAUCCCGGGCUGGUGGCCGAGGCCCUCGCGCAGGUCGCUGCCGAGGAAAAGGAAGAAAAAGACGGAAAUGAGGUCCUGAGCUCCCGAGAGACGGGACGUAUCGCGGAGGAGGCUGGUGAAGAUGAGGGCAUCUCGCAACAACAACAACGAACGAGCUCAAGGGGUGGUGAGCGGGCGCGCGAGGUGUCGCCGCCGUUGGCUGACCAGAGCACCGGACGAGGCCCAACCAUUGGAGACUCUCUUUGCACGACAGACCAAAUUCCGACCGCCGAUACCUCCUCCUCUGACCCUAUCAAGAUGGCGCCCAAAAAUGACAAAGGGGCCAAGGGCAAUGCCCAAGCUGGCUCCGGGCCUGAAAGCUUUAGCAAGGGUAUUAUCUACUCCGUGUCUGGACCCGUCGUUAUCGCCGAAAACAUGAUGGGCGUUUCCAUGUUUGAACUCGUUCAAGUCGGCCACGAGAAGCUGUCUGGUGAAGUCAUUAGCAUCCGCGAAGACCAGGCCACUAUCCAAGUAUACGAGGAGACGUCCGGCGUUCGAGUCGGAGAUCCUGUGCGACGAACCGGAAAGCCCCUCUCCGUCGAGCUCGGCCCCGGCCUCCUGGACAACAUCUACGACGGUAUUCAACGACCCCUAGCGAAGGUUGCCGAGAUCACCCAGGGUAUCUACAUCCCCCGAGGAAUUGCCCUGCCGGCCCUCGACCGUGAGAAGAAGUGGGAGUUCACCCCUACAUUGAAGGUUGGCGACCACAUCUCUGGCGGUGAUGUGUGGGGAACCGUAUACGAGAACUCUUUCCUCAAGGUGCACCGCAUCCUUUUCCCACCCCGCAAGGUUGGUGGAGUCAUCACAAAGAUUGCCCCCAAGGGCGAAUACACCGUGGCGGAGCCCCUCCUUAGUGUCAAGUUCCAAGACGAGGUCACGGAAUAUCCCAUGAUGCACAGCUGGCCCCCUUUCGUCGUCGGCCAGCGCGUGCUGGACUCUCUUUUCCCCGCCGUCCAGGGCGGUACCAUUGCCAUCCCCGGUGCCUUUGGCUGCGGCAAGACCGUCAUUAGUCAGUCCGUCUCCAAGUUCUCCAACAGCGACGUCAUUGUGUACGUUGGAUGCGGAGAGCGAGGAAAUGAGAUGGCCGAAGUCUUGAAGGACUUCCCUGAGCUCACCAUCGAGGUAGAUGGUAGGAAAGAGCCCAUCAUGAAGCGCACGUGUCUUAUCGCCAACACCUCCAACAUGCCCGUUGCUGCGCGUGAGGCCUCCAUUUAUACCGGUAUCACCGUUGCCGAGUACUUCCGCGAUCAGGGUCUGGACGUUGCCAUGAUGGCCGACUCGUCAUCGCGCUGGGCCGAGGCGCUCCGAGAGCUUUCCGGUCGUUUGGGAGAAAUGCCGGCUGAUCAGGGUUUCCCUGCCUACCUCGGUGCUCGACUGGCCGGUUUCUACGAACGUGCGGGUAAAGCCAUCUCGCUUGGCUCGCCCGAGCGCAUCGGCAGUGUCAGCAUCGUGGCCGCCGUGAGCCCGCCUGGUGGUGAUUUCUCGGAUCCCGUCACUAGCGCCACCCUGGGUAUUGUGCAGGUGUUCUGGGGUCUCGAUAAGAAGCUGGCCCAGAGGAAGCACUUUCCCUCCAUCAACACGGGUGUGUCGUACUCCAAGUACACCAACGUACUGGACAAGUGGUACCAGAAGGACCACCCCGACUUCGCGCAGCUCCGUCUCACCAUUAAGCAGCUUCUUUCGCAGUCCGAAGAGCUUGACCAGGUCGUGCAACUCGUUGGCCGCUCAGGCCUCAACGACGAGGACAAGCUCGUCCUCGACAUCACGAGAAUCAUCAAGGAUGACUUUUUGCAACAGAACGGUUACUCGGACUAUGAUCAAUUCUGCCCCCUGUGGAAGACGGAGUGGAUGAUGAAGCUCAUUGUCGGAUUCUACGAGGAGUCCAUGAAGGCCAUUAGGCAAGAGCAGAAGUGGUCCGACAUCUCCUCCGCCACCGUAGACCUCCAGAACAAGCUUCGCCGCCUUAAGUUUGAGGUCCCCACGGACGGACAGGACGUGGUUUGCAAGAGGUACGCCGAUAUCCACCAAGAAAUGACAAACAAGUUUGCCGACGUUUUGGGCGAGUAA